AAGAUGAAACCCAUAUACAUCCAAAACCAUACAAUAUUUUCAAAGCGCCUCUCUCUCUCUCUCUCAGCUACUAUAUCCUUGUGUGCAAGGUUUUCAUGAGUGAAUGAUCUAUCUCUCAUCUCUCCAAUCUCCAUGUCGGAGGAUGAUCAGAUGUCGAAGCCGAAUGAUCCAACGAAUACAAUUAAGAAAGCGGAUGGUAGUAGUGGUGAGAUUCUUCUUGUUGAUCAGGUACCAGAAGAUCAAGAAGAAGAGUGCAAAACUCCAACCUCAAGCGAUCACAAGAUACCGACCAGUCAAAGUUGUCCACCGACCCCAAGGAAGAAGCCUCAUGUUUUCUUGCACAAGAGGAAGAUUUCGGAAUUAUCCUUCUUUGAAGCUACAAGGCGUGAUCAGAUAGAGGUUUUUUUUCGAUCGCCUUCUUGUGAUGAGGUUUCUAGUACUUCAGUGAAGAAGAAGAGGAGCAGAAGUUACUGAUCAAAUAUCAUGUAUGUUUUCUUGCACAAGAGGAAGAUUUCGGAAUUAUCCUUCUUUGAAGCUACAAGGCGUGAUCAGGUAGAGGUUUUCUUUCAAUCGCAUCCUUGUGAUGAGGUUUCUAGUACUUCAGUGAAGAGGAGGAGGAGCAGAAGUUACUGAUCAAAUAUAUAUAUAUCCACACACAUAUACACGUAUGUACUAUGUACCUUGUUUUUACUUAUUAGGUGAAGCAAAAUUAAUUUCCAGGCAUGUCUUGUAUAACUAGAGGGCCAAUUAACAUCGUACAUAUGAUGUGAUAUAUAUAUAUAUAUAUAUAUAUAUAUAUGUAUGUAUAUAUAGGUCUAGUACUGAGACUCUACACAAUAAUUAAGUGCUGCUUGAUGUCAUUAUCAAAUAUAAUUCAUGGUUAAUUAGCUCUAGUAUUGUAUAUUUCUCUAUUUAUGGCAUCCAAGAGUAGUGUUGAAAGGUGCUUAUGUGUAGUUUUGAUUCAUGGUGUUCAUAUAUAUACAAAUUUAUUCA